UCGCUGUCACGGCUGCAGCUGCCUCGUCAGCCGAGCCCUCCACACUGCACAUCCCGGCCGGCGGCUGCCGGGAGGGGAGGAGCGUGGCGCUUCCCUUCGCGCCGGCUUGGUCGCUCCCCGAGCAGGCUGUGGAAAGAUCUCAGCUUGUCCGGGUUCCGGUGCUAGGCCUGCAGGGGAGAGCGGGUCCGAAGGCCUGUCUGAGAGAAGUGCAUCAGUGAAACUGUCAGCGAUUCAGCCUCCUGCCAGCGCAGAAGCAGCCAGUGCCUGUGCCGGCAUCCCUGAGAUGGUAGCUGGAGAAGAAUGAUCUUCCCAAAAGCACCAGGAAAGGAAUGUCAGAGGCCGAUGUUUCUUUGCACUUAACGCUGGUGUGCCUGUAAAACCAAGGUACAUGCUUCAGCUCUAAUGAAAACCCUUGAUCUGCACAGAAGCUGCAUUUAUCAGUCCUCUUGUUCCUCAACUGGGUGUUUCAUGUGGAAAGUCUUGAUACCAGAUUUUCUUCUGAGACUCUACCUGGAUAUGAGGUACUGACGGGAAAAAGAGCAUCUCACUUGGCUGCUCACCUUGCCCAUUUGACUGUAAAUAAUGGAGACCAAGGAAGAGAAGAAGGAACGGCGACAAGGCUAUUUUGCUCGUUUGAAAAAGAAAAGGCAAGUCAAACAAACCACCGAGACUGUCUCUGCCAAUUCCCCUGGAUCUGCUGUUUCCAAAACUCCUUCUGAGAAAGAUGAUGAAAGUAAAGUUAUUUUGGAGCAAAUCAGUUCCUCUGAAGACAACUGUAAAUUUCCUGGGGAAAAGGAAACUGCUCCAGACAAGGAAAAAAAAAAGAAAAAGUACAAUCAACUGAAAGACAUCAGACGCACAGAACUUAAAAGAUACUAUAGUACUGAUGGCAAUCAAAACAAAACCAAUGAAAAGAAAGAGAAGAAAAUGGUUUCUCAGAAACCCCAUGGUACCAUAGAAUAUACAGCUGGAAAUCAGGACACCAUAAACAGUAUAGCAUUAAAGUUCAACGUCACCCCAAACAAGCUUGUGGAGCUCAAUAAGCUUUUCACACAGACAAUUGUGCCAGGCCAGAUUCUCUUUGUGCCAGAAACAAAUGCCGGGAGGCUGUCUUCUAGUCCUGGUGCUCCUGUUUCUCCUUCAUCAUCAGAUGCUGAAUAUGAUAAACUCCCUGAUGCUGAUUUAGCAAGAAAGGCUUUCAAACCAGUGGAGAGAGUCCUGUCCUCUACUUCAGAAGAGGAUGAGCCUGUGGUUGUCAAAUUUUUAAAAAUGAAUUGUCGUUACUUCACAGAUGGUAAGGGCGUCGUUGGAGGAGUCAUGAUAGUAACUCCAAACAAUAUCAUGUUUGACCCACAUAAGUCUGAUCCUCUGGUAAUUGAGAAUGGCUGUGAAGAAUAUGGGCUCAUCUGCCCCAUGGAGGAGGUUGUCUCGAUAGCGCUCUACAAUGACAUCUCUCACAUGAAGAUUAAAGAUGCAUUGCCAUCUGACAUACCAAAGGAUCUUUGUCCUCUGUACAGGCCAGGAGAAUGGGAAGACCUGUCCUCUGAGAAAGAUAUCAAUCCUUUCAGCAAAUUCAAAUCCCUUAGCAAGGAAAAGAGGCAGCAGAAUGGGGAUGCAUCUGUUGCUCCGGGUGCCAAACAGAUAAAGCCUUCAGAUAAGGAAAAGUCUUCUGAUUUUGAAGUUCUUCAGUCAUCAGAGAGUACAGGCUCAAUCAAAUCAAAGUCUCUGGAGUUUCCCAACAACAUCACUGCCACUGAACAUUUGGAAAAGUUUGAUGCGGAUUCAUGUACCAAGGACCCUUCCAGGGAAAAAAAUGCUUCAGAUACCAAAGAAAAAUCCCCUCUAGGAGGAGAGGAUGACUUAAUUGAGCUGGAAAAGACAUCAUCUCAUAUGGAUAGAGGGUUGGACAGGAAAAUCUCAGUCAUGGAAGGCUUGCUGGCUGACCCCAGGGACUUGAGAACUAAGCAGCAGGUAACCAAACCUACUACAGAAGUCCAGGAGCACUUGACAGUUGAUUCCUUGGAAAAAAAGGACAGUGUUGAACCUAAAGCUGACUUAGACUUAGAGCUGUGUGAAAAGCAAGAUGUUAUUCCAGAAGUAAACAAAUGUGUCAGUUCCCCGACAGGUAAGGUGGAGACUGAAUUGGACACUAAGAAAGAGCUAGAGAAAGAUAAACUUAUUGAAUUUUACCUCAAUAAAGAUGGAAAUGGGUCUCAGUCAUCUGAAGACUUACACAAGGCUGAAAUCCAGAAAGGUGAAAACAAUAAAGCAAUUGGCAUAGACCUUACGCUUAGCUGUUCAAAGUCCCAAGCUAAUGAAGUCCAUACAGUUAAAAGUAUGGAGCUUGAUUCCUGCUGUGUUGAAAGGAAAGCACCUUCAUUAGAAAUCAGCUCAGCAGCUGCAGAGGAAAAGGAUCUGAAAGAGUCUGUGGACUCUUCAUUAGUACCAGCUAUAGACAAGACCUGUCAAGAAACACAGUUAGACAAUCAAUCAGAAAUCAGACUGUGGCUGCUGCAGAAAAUUCAAGUGCCAAUUGAAGAUAUGCUUCCUUCAAAAGAGGAGAAGAGCAAGACUCCUCCAAUGUUUCUGUGCAUUAAAGUAGGCAAGCCCAUGAGAAAGUCCUUUGUGUCUCAGAGCACGACCAUGUCUCAACAAUACAGUAAAAAGAUAAAGCAACCAGAGUACUGGUUUGCUGUUCCUCGGGAAAGGGUGGAUCACUUGUACACAUUUUUUGUUCAGUGGUCACCAGAAAUAUAUGGGAAAGAUGCCAAAGAGCAAGGUUUUGUUGUGGUAGAAAAGGAGGAGCUUGACAUGAUUGACAACUUCUUUAGUGAGCCCACUACUAAAAGCUGGGAGAUCAUAACUGUAGAAGAAGCUAAACGACGCAAGAGCGUUUGCAGUUACUAUGAAGAAGAAGAUGAUGAUGAUACUUUGCCUAUCUUAAAGCAUCACAGUUCUCUCCUGGAGAACAUGCACAUAGAGCAGCUUGCCCGGCGCUUGCCCGCACGGGUGCAGGGCUAUCCGUGGCGCCUGGCAUACAGCACGCUGGAGCACGGCACCAGCCUGAAGACUCUGUACCGCAAGUCGGCUUCUCUCGACAGUCCCGUUCUCCUUGUCAUCAAGGAUAUGGACAACCAGAUAUUUGGAGCGUAUGCUACACAUCCCUUCAGGUUUAGUGACCAUUACUAUGGCACUGGUGAAACAUUCCUCUAUACAUUCAGUCCACAUUUCAAGGUAUUCAAAUGGAGUGGAGAGAACACCUACUUCAUCAAUGGAGACACUACCUCUCUGGAGCUUGGAGGUGGAGGUGGCCGGUUUGGUUUAUGGUUAGAUGCAGAUUUGUAUCAUGGGCGAAGCAACUCCUGCAGCACCUUCAAUAAUGACAUCUUAACUAAGAAAGAAGAUUUCAUAAUACAAGAUGUAGAAGUAUGGACAUUUGAGUGAAACACUGGCUGCCUUAAGGACUGGAUCCAUUAGGCACUUAAAAGCUACCCAGAAGGUGCAGGCUGCCUCACCACAUUACACGCUUUUUCCUCAAGUUUGUACCAGAGCAUGACUACGCAAAAAAACCAAACAACCAACCCAAGAAAAAAAGAAUUGGUUUUGAGAGGCAGUAAGACCAGUAAGAGAUCACUCUGAAGUGUUUUUUACUUCCUCUUCCAGCACUCUUCCAUUGAAGAUACAAUGCUUAUGAAAAUGUUCAUGAUGUAUAAGUUGAAAACUUUUUAUGUAACUGUGAAAAAAAUCCUGUGGAAGAACUAUAACUGUCUAGUACAUUCCAUGUGUAUUUAUGUUCAACAUGCAAAUGCUGACCAAAAAUAAAAGGUUACUUUACCAAAAUCUACAGCAUACUAUUUGUCAUGGAAAAGAAUCAGAAAUAGGUGUACACAGCACUUAAGGGAACAUGUUUUUAAAAUUAUUUUAUUUAUUGUUAUUGUAUAAUAUAUUUUUUUUGUAAAUGUAUUAGCUAUGAGGUUUUUUGUUUAAUGUUUCAAAUCACAUUUUGAUAAAUAAUUACUGUUGAGGUAGGUUUCUUAUGCAUUGGCAUUUAUUCUGAAUCAAUUUAUUUGAUUUCUGAAGUUAAUUUUUAUACUUUUAUUUUGUAAAUGAGAUUUGGUUUUCAUUAUACCCUAAUUAGAGGGUUUGUUUUCCUGGCAGAAACACUUGAGUGCAUAAUUCUGUUUUACUUUCUUUUCCUGAAAUGAGGGAGAAGGUGGAUAGUACCUUUUCUUAACUGUGCUGUCACAUUCCUGUUAAUAGAUUACUAUUUUGGCAGUGUAUGGACACUGGGCAGCUGCCCCCUGGUGUAGACUUUAUCAGUUCUGUUGCAGUCCACAGAAUUGGGAUAGCAUGCUCUGAGCACCUGCCCGAGUAUUAUUUGACUGUUUCCGAAGGACCUUUCUAAGAGAGAACUGUUUUUCUGUAUCACCACCAAGUGAUUCAAAAUAAGCCACCCACUGUGCUUUUAUGAGCAUUUCUCUACAAAUUGAAGAAUUUGUUAAGGCGAAAAUACAACUGAGAUUUAGAGAAGAAAGUUCUUUUCCUAACAGGCUAGGUCACGUUAGUGUAAAACUUGCUUUCCUAAUAAUUACGUAUAUAAUUUCCUUUAAAAAAAAAUACUUCAAGCAGCAGUCUGGUUUAGGAUUUGACAGCAACUAAAUAUUCUUGUUUGUUUUUCAUGAAAUUAUCAGAUACUCCCUCCUGCCACCAAAGCUGAAAAGACUCUAUAUUACAAAAUGAAAAUUUUGGUAAAUGGAGAGAGUGUGAGAGAGGACUGGCAAUCUUCACUGUUUGCUAAUGAAUUCUGCUUUGCCAUUAAGCUGUGGUUUUGUUUACACAGUCUGGGCCUAACCAAUAUUAGGGCGCUGUCCUGCCCUUAGACUUGAAUGUUUCAUUGUCCUGAGAAAGGCAAGUUUUAGAGACAGUAGUGUGCAUUAAACCAGUACAAUCUAAUGUUGGAAUAUUAUUAACUGAGCAAUACAGCUCAAUUUAGUUACUGCUCUUUGCUUUUUGAAUAGAUUAAGUAAUAAUUUAAAAAAGCCAAUUGCUUUUCUUUCAAAAGCAUUUCUAAAUCUUAAUCCUGCACAGAAGUUUCACAGUCUAAAAAAACAAUGCUGUACACAGUAAGCCUGUAACACGCUGCACUUGAGCUUUUCACACUUCCUUUCUUUGUGGUCUACUACAGCCAUAAAUAAAGUUCUUAUUAGUAAUGCUUUAAAAUAUUUUGGAAGUUGAUAACAGCAUAAUGCUUUGAAGAUACCCAGAAUAUCUAACACUCUUUGCUCUUUUAAAUGGUGGCAGAAGACCACUUAGUAGUUAAAAAAACCCAACCAACCAAACACCCAGCAAAAAAUCCCCACAACAAACAAAAUGAAACCAAGUUCAACAUUUUGCAUACAUUUCACUAUUGCUACCUACAACUUACUCCAUUAUAUUAUCCUUGUCAAAGCAUAUCUAAACGCUGUGGUCUAUAUUCAAAACAGUGUUGUUCAAUCAAAAUUCUGUGACCCUUGAAACUAUGAAUAUUGAAUAUAUGUAAUGCAGUGCUAUCACAAUAUUUUCAAUAAAGGAAUUUAUGCAUUCAGAAA